AUGAUGACUGAUCCAUCACAGAAACUGGCGACUUUUGAUUGCCAUUUGGUGCGAACAAGGACCUCCUCUUUCAGAGUCGGUGACUAUACACCCAUCCAGUCGACAUAAGUAUCUCCUGAGUAUCUCGUCUGAGCUAGGCCAUGGUAAUCCAGUCACCGAUUAUACCAUGACGUGUCCGCGGACAGCACGCGUCCUCCGACAUCACGUAACAGUUUAUCCACCCGAGACCGGUGCAUUUUUCACUUUUGACUAAUUACAUCAACAGAUGGAUCAGGAUAGCCCAUAUCUUUGGCAGGAAACACCUCUUAUACUAUCUGCACCCAUCUCGCGAUUGCUUGGAGUAAACGCGUUCCUCAAAUUCGAGAAUGUGCAUCCCUCAUAUUCGUUCAAAUUCCGUGGAAUGUCCUUAUUUGUGCGCGAGACUAUGAAAAGGAAAGGCAGAGAUGUACACUUUGUCACAGCAUCAGGAGGGAAUGCAGGGCUUGCGGUGGCGUGCGCAGCGAAGGCUGCUGAGGCCAAAUGUACUGUUUUCCUUCCGGAAGGAGCGUCAAAGAGCACUGUAGAAUUGCUAAAGGAGCAGAAUGCAGAUGUUGCGAUUGCCGGGAAAUUUUACCUAGAGGCCUUCAAUGCUGCAAAAGAAAGGGCCAUGAUGAAUGAGAACGCUGUCGUGGUGCCAGCGUACGACGAGCCGCUCUUAUGGGAAGGGCAUAGUUCCAUGAUAACAGAGACAUUCAAUCAGUUGAAGCAAUGGUCGGUGGCUGAGCCAGAUGCCAUUUGUUGUAGCGUUGGAGGAGGCGGCCUGCUUGCGGGAAUCAUGGUUGGCUGCAAAAAAGUGCAAUGGGAUCAUGUGCCCCUUGUUGCACUGGAAACUAUGGGUUCCAACUGCUUCCAUCAUUCCAUAUUGUUGAACUCGUCCGGAUCCAGCAAAUUUGCUACCGAACUCCCCUCAUAUGUAACAAAAGUGCACGAUGAAGCCUCCAAACUGGAUCUGGCUCAAUUUGACAGUUUUCAUUCCAGAGCCUCUGGGUCUCUUGGCGCAUCGCAGCCUGCGACCGGUAGUGUCAGGAUGGCACUGGAGAGGGAAGGCGGUAUUCGUUGCGUGACUAUUCCGGAUGAAUUAAGUAUGCAAUCAGCCGUUGCAUUCGCCGACGACCAUAAAGCGUUGGUAGAGUUGGCCUGUUCAACGACUCUCGCGGCAGCGUACAAGCCUCAGCUUUUGGAUGCUGUUGUCCCGCCACGCUCUGACGGACGCAAAAGGAAUAUAGUAUUCAUUGUGUGCGGCGGCUUCAAAGUGAGCUUGCGCGAAUUGGCGGAGUAUGAAGAAGUGUUGAGGGCCGAGAUAGAGAGAAAUGUAAACGGGUACUGGGAAGUCGUCUUGAAUGACGGACAAAUCGUGGAUGUAGACUACAGUCUGAAGCAGAGCUAGUUUGGCGACUGACAUUUAGAAUAGAUGUAAAAAACAGAGCAGGG